CUCUCUCUCUCUCUCUCUCUCUCUCUCUCUCUCUCUCUCUCUCUCUCUCUCUCUCUCUCUCUCUCUCUCUCUCUCUCUCUCUCUCUCUCUCUUCUCCCCCCCCCCCCCCCCCUCUCUGGGCAUCCAGCCCCCCGCUCAUCACCAAGCUGGAUUUCCUCCAGAUGAAGUGUCUGAAGAGGAAGAGGAAGAGCAACUACAGCGUUCGAGAGACUCAGACGCUCAUCAGAGAGAUUCACAAGAGGCAGGAGGUGCUGUUCUCCCGGCAGCAGAACACAGCCAUUAAUGAGCUGAAGAGACAGGCCUGGGAGGAGGUGGCCGGCGGUGUCAACGCGCUCGGCGAGGGAGAGCAACGCACAGCCGCCGAGGUGAAGCGCCGGUACCUGGACUGGCGUACGCUGAUGAAGAGGAAGCAGCUGCGGGCCGAGCUCUCGGUGUGCCUCUUCCCCGCCUCCUCGCUGGCUCUCAAGGAGGAAGGCGAGCACUCCUCCCCCGAGCACGACGCCGCCAUGCUGGGGUCGGCCUGCGAUCAGCUGGUGGAUCUCUCAGGCUUUCCCAAGGACCACCACUGCAAUUGGCAGGAGCUGGUGGCUCUAGGGGAGCCCAGCGGGCACACGAUGAUGAGCGCGUCCGGGGUGAAGAUAGAGGAGGACGCCAGUGAAUACAGGACAGACAGUGACCGGGACGGGGUGGAUGGCGACGGCGAGCUGGAUGAGGACGACUGCUUCCCCGCCCUGCUGGGGGAGAUGGCGUCGCGCGGCGAGGUCUGCGGCCCCGACGUCUACUGCCACAUCGACGAGCUGGGCACGCUGGCCUCCUCGUCCUCCUCCUCCAAGGCCCCCACCUCCACCACCCCCACCCCCAACAACAUCAGCACCACCCACCGGGACUUCCCCCCGGCUAGCCUCUGCGGCGCCUACACGGGGCUGGAGGGUCUGCAGCCGCCCCCAGGAGAGGCGGCGGCGGCGGCGGCGGCGGCGGCAUCGACAGCGGCCCUCCUCGCCAUGGAGAAGCAGCGCCUGGAGCUGGAGCGGCAGCGGCUGGCCGUGGAGACGCAGCGGCUGGCCGUGGAGCGGGAGCACCUGGAGGUGGAGCGGGAGCGGCUGCAGACGGAGCGGGAGCGCUGCCACGUGGAGCAGGAGCGCUUCCGCGCGAUGGCGCUGGGCCGGACCCGCUUCCCCUCGGAAGGGCCGGCGCAGCAGGGCCCGCCGUCCUCAUCGACGGCGCCCGACGGGAGGCCGGAUCUGGCGGGUGGGGGCGGUGACGCGAGCGGCGUGGCUGCCACAGAGCUGGAGACGGAGAGGCUGAGGCUGGACAAGGAGCGGCUGCAGCUGGAGAAGGAGCGGCUGCAGUUCUUCAAGUUUGAGUCGGGCCGGCUGCAGGUGGAGCGAGAGCGCCUCCAGGUGGAGAAGGAGAGGAUGCUUCUGCAGAAGGAGCAGCAAUAGGAGGAGUGGAGGGAUGAGGGACGGGGAAUCUACUUUUAUCUGGCCUUAAGCACCGUGUUCACGUUGGGUUUAUUAUUUAUUUAGUCGUUUUGACUUGAUUCAGUUAUUUAUUUGUUCAAGUUGUUUUUUUUACAUGAUGACAUUUUAGGAAAUUGCUUAGAAAAUAUUCUUUCCUGCUAUACUCUGUAAUGGAGACAAAUGCUUGUUACGUGCUAAAAGCAAAGAUGUGCCUUGCAAUGCCUUCACAUACAGUUAAAAAAGGGGUUUGAAUAUUUAAUAUUUUCUACGUUUUGUCUUUUAACGUUGUUGUAGUGUGUGACUCACCAUCUUAGUAGACACACACGUACUCCUACCUUUGCCAAGUGGCUACUUGCUUGAUUGGUUGGUGAUUGGCAAAGGCCUUAUCCGUAAACUGUAACCAGCCAUUAAACAGUCUUUUCUCUUUGAUUAUACUCAACCACAAUGUACGAUGUCUGUCUCCAGUUUAAAUAUUUUUGAAUGUCUUUUAAAAUGUGAAUUCAAACGUAGUCCAUACAUGGUUCAUUCCUCUGUUUAUAUAGUGUAUAGUUUAUAUAGUGAUUGCUAUUGACUUACAGGUGAUUUAUAUACAUCUAUACAACAUACAAUUUCAAAAGAGACGAUUCUUGUUGAGUAUGAUGGUAAUUGAAACGAUAAAGAAGAUGUGAAGCGUAAUCCAAUGUAAGAAAUACUGUCAGAUGGAUGGUUGUUUGGCUAUACACAUAGUAUAAUAGUUUAGAAAUUAUAUUUCCAAAACUGUUUGUUCUCUGUUUGUUCAGUUCUCAUGUUCUUAAAUCCUGCUCAUGGGGAUGUGUGUUUUUUAAUGAAUGCCAACCCUGGAUUGUUCAUUGUGUGUGUGUGUGUUGAUUGAAAUAACAAAAUAUCUGCAUAUUACCUACAGUUGCAAAAUCACAAUUUGAUACCGCAUGUGUACAGCACAAUGUUGCACCAAGCACAACAUAUUGGAAUAUCACUGACGCAUGCACUAUUUACUAGCAACAAAGGCAAUAGUGCCUUGUUUACCACAUGUUUUGAUACCACAUUCUCAAAUUUGUUCAUUUUGUAUAUAUUUUUUACCAACUCAGUUGUCCCAGUUAUACCUGUUUGUAUUUUGUGAUUGUACAAUGGUGUUGCGGGAGACGUGUGUAUGGAUGAUGGCUUGUUACAGCAGCCUUACCUGGCCCAGUCUGAUUGGACUCUGGGGUUGCACACAGAUGUGAAACUUAAUUUAUUGUUUGAAUUAGUGUUUGGAAUUGUUUUGUAUUUUCUUUUUUUUUUUAUAAUAUGUAAAGUUCGUGAUGGAUGAUUUGUUGGCCAGUUAUUGUAAAGACCAACAGCAUCAUUUAAAUACACUUUUGUAUCACCUGUGCUGUUGCAUUAUAUAGACAAAGUCUCUUUCAAAAAGAAAAAGUAAUUAUUAGAAAGAGGGUGAAAUAAAGCGAUUUUUAAACCACCCUUCAAUAGCCGGUGAUUUUAUGUUGUUAUUGUUAGGCUGUCAUGCUUACUGUACUGCCUAAGACACCUUUGCCCUUUAUUUAUUUCCUC